CAUCUCAAACACAGGUAGCUCCACGCUGAGCACAUGUUUCCUUGUUCCCUCCAACUCACAGAAGUCUGAAGGAAGGAAACGAAAGAUUUGAAGUUCAGUUUUGAGUCUGAGCAGACAGACUUCAUAUUUCUGUUCAGAGAAACUCUCAACCAGUCACUGCCAGGAGGGGAAAUGGCACAGAAAAGAGUCAAGCUGGACCGGGAAAGCUUCUCUUGUUCGAUCUGUCUGGAUCUACUGAAGGAUCCGGUGACUACUCCAUGUGGACACAGCUACUGUAUGGACUGUAUUAAAGCUCACUGGGAUGGAGAGGAUGAGAAGCAGAUCUACAGCUGUCCUCAGUGUAGGGAGACUUUCACACCUAGGCCUGUCCUGCUGAAAAACACCAUGUUAGCAGAUUUAGUGGAGGAAAUGAAGAAGACUGAAGAACUCCAAACCUGUCCUGCUGAUCACUGCUAUGCUGGAGCUGAAGAUGUGGCCUGUGAUGUCUGCACUGGGAGAAAACUGAAAGCCCUCAAGUCCUGUCUGGUGUGUCUGGUCGCUUACUGUGAUCAACACCUCCAGCCUCAUUAUGAAUUACCUAUAUUUAAAAAACACAAGCUGGUGGAGCCCUCCAAGAAUCUCCAGGAGAACAUCUGCUCUCGUCAUGAUGAGGUGAUGAAGAUGUUCUGCCGUACUGAUCAGCAGUGUAUCUGUUAUCUCUGCCCUGUUGAUGAACAUAAAGGCCACAACACAGUCUCAGCUGCAGCAGAAAGGACUGAGAGGCAGAAAGAGCUCGAGGGGAAUCAACAAAACAUCCAGCAGAGAAUCCAGGACAGAGAGAAAGAUGUGAAGCUGCUUCAACAGGAGGUGGAGGCCAUCAAUCGCUCUGCUGAUAAAGCAGUGGAGGACAGUGGGAAGAUCUUCACUGAGCUGAUCCGUCUCAUGGAGAAAAAAAGCUCUGAUGUGGCGCAGCAGGUCAAAUCGCAGCAGGAAACUGAAGUGAGGCGAGUCAAAGAGCUUCAGGAGAAACUGGAGCAGGAGAUCACUGAGCUGAUCCGUCUCAUGGAGAAAAGAAGCUCUGAUGUGGAGCAGCAGGUGAGAUCCAGGCAGAAAAGUGAAGUGAGUCGAGUCAGAGAGCUUCAGGAGAAGCUGGAGCAGGAGAUCACUGAGCUGAAGAGGAAAGAUGCUGAGAUGAAGAAGAUCUCAGACACAGAGGAUCACACCCAGUUUCUACACAACUACUCCUCACUGUCACCACUCAGUGAAUUUCCAGCCUCACCCAGCAUCAAUAUCUGUCCUCCAUGUUACUUUGAGGACGUGACAGCGGCUGUGUCAGACGCCAGAGAUAAACUACAGGACCUUCUGACAGAGACAUGGGCAAAUAUCUCCCAGGCUGUGACUGAAGUGGAUGUUUUACUGCCACAACCAGAGCCCAAGACCAGAGCUGACUUCCUUAAAUAUGCACGUGAAAUCACACUGGAUCCAAACACCGCUCACACACAGCUGUUAUUAUCUGAGGGGAACAGAAAAGCUACAUUAGUGGGACAACAACAGCGCUAUUCUAGUCACCCAGACAGAUUCACUAAAGAGUUUCAGGUCCUGAGUAGAGAGAGUCUGGCUGGACGUUGUUACUGGGAGGUGGAGUGCAGAGGCGAAGUCAUUUAUGUAGCAGUGACAUACAAGAAUGUCACCAGAGCAGGAAGCUCGAAUGCAUGUAGAUUUGGACUCAAUAACAAAUCUUGGGCAUUAAGAUGUGACAAUAACAGUUUUAAACUUCUGUACAAAAAUGUCCGAACUCUUGUCCCAGGUCCUGUGUCCUCCAGAGUAGGAGUGUACCUGGAUCACAGUGCAGGUACUCUGUCCUUCUACAGCGUCUCUGAAACCAUGACUCUCCUCCACAGAGUCCAGACCACAUUCACUCAGCCUCUCUACGCUGGACUGUUGCUUCACUCUUCUUCUUUUGGAGACACAGCUGAGUUCUGUAAACUCAAAUAGACAGAAGUCAUUAAAGGGUUAGCUUCUGUUUUAACUCUUUAACCCAUUUUUUCUUCACUGCACAGAAAUCAGCUGUCAAUCAAACAUUAUGGGAUGUACUUUGACAUCUUCAUAUUAGUUGUUGUAUAAAUGUUUGAGUUUCUUUAGGUGACUCUCCUUCCCGUGUCUGUUUAGCCAUGGAGGCUAUCACUGAUGCUCAUGAUGAUGUUAGUUGAUCUGAAGUGAAAAUGUAAACUUCUCUGUUAUCUAAAUGUUUGAUGAAUAUUUGUAUUGAUUUAUUUGUAGGUUGUUGUUUCUCUUCCACUGCAUGAGUCUGAAGAGAGAAAGCACCAGACCUUCUUUAUCCUAGAUAUUUUAUUCUCUUUGUGUACAUAUUAAAUAUUUUAUUUUAUUUGGCAGACCAAAUGUUAUUGUUGUUAUAUUGUAUUAUAGAACUGUAUUAAUUCUGAUAAUAAUCAAUGAGUGAGAUAAGAUUCAAACAAGGCGAUUGUGUGGAUGAAGUGAAUCUGUUAACAUUGAACAGACGUUACUGAUGGGAUGUGUGAACAAACUGAAGGUAUACAUGAUGAAUAAACUAACAUGAACAAAGUAU